CUGCCAGCAGCAUCCCAUUAUCGCCCAUCUGUUGUGCACUCGCUGGAGCCAUCGCUGCGCUGCAGCCAUUCACUAUGGGCCGGGGAAUUGGUAUGACAUUUUUAUUAAAGGUCCAUCCUCUUGGGUGGUUUUCUAGAAAAUGACCAUUGAGGACCUGACUGUCGGGUACCUCGAAGGACACACCCUGCCUGUUGUGCACCACUUCCAGCCGUGCUAUCCGGACCCCUGCCGACCGGUCACCUUCUCCGUGGCUGCUGCUCCAAUGCCGUCUGACUGUGAAUUCUCCUUUUUUGACCCAAAUGAUGCCUCGUGUCAGGAUAUUCUCUUUGAUCCGGACACUUCCGUUUCAGAGCUGUUUGCUAUCUUAAGACAAUGGGUCCCCCAAGUCCAGCAGAACAUAGAGGUCAUCGGGAAUGAGAUUUUGAAGCGAGGAUGUAACGUCAAUGACCGGGAUGGACUGACGGAUAUGACGUUGCUGCAUUACACGUGUAAAUCUGGAGCACAAGGCAUCGGUGAUGCAGAGACCGCUGCAAAAUUUGCCUCUCACCUCAUUGACAUUGGAGCAGAUGUGAGCCUACGAAGUCGCUGGACUAAUAUGAACGCUCUGCAUUAUGCUGCCUAUUUUGAUGUUCCUGAGUUGAUACAUCUUAUACUGAAGGCUUCAAAGCCAAGAGAUGUCGAUGCCACCUGUAGUGACUUUGAUUUUGGGACUGCGCUGCACAUUGCUGCUUCAAACCUGUGCUUGGGAGCUGUGAAAGCCUUGUUGGAAAAUAGAGCAAAUCCGGCCUUCAGGGAUGACAGAGGUGUCCCAGCAGAUGUGGUUCGACCGGUGGAUAUGCCCCUGGAGAUGGCUGAUGCGGCUGCUGUAGCAAAGGAGAUCAAACAGAUCCUGCUGGACGCCAUGCCUCUGUUGUGUGAUCUCUCCCAGAUCUCCCUCCCUAACUACGACAACGUACCGGGAAAUGUGUCGCUCCAGUCAUCUGGUCUGAAGCUGGGAGACCGAGUGCUGAUAGCCGGGAAGAAGGUCGGCACGUUAAGGUACUGCGGACCCACUCGGUUCGCUACGGGCCAGUGGGCCGGGAUAGAGAUGGAAGAAGCGGACGGGAAGAAUGAUGGCAGCGUGGGUGGAGUCCAGUAUUUUAAGUGUUCUCCUAAACAUGGUAUCUUUGCGCCACUGUCCAAGGUAAGACGAGCAAACGAGCCAAUGAAGACAUUUAUCAGACACUCAUCUAGCAAGACAACCGGUUCUAUCAAAUCUACUAAGAUCGACCUGAGCCGAGUUACAUCAAAAAUUAACACCGGGCUGCCUCCCUUCAAGAAAAGCUCGACAUUUAUCCAAAGCAACGACGAGUCCAUGAAUUCUUCGUCCUCUAAGAAAGCAUUCUACAUCAGAUACAGCAGUUUUUCUUCAAGCUCAUUCUCCUCCUCAUCGUCAUCCUCCUCCUUUGUUGAGACCAAGCCGCCCCUCCCCAGUCAUUGCCGGCCCCGGUCCUCUACAUUAAAGACUGGUCUUCAGCCGCCUGUGUUAUCCUCUAGGGGUAGCCUAACCUCCGAGCAGACGGAAUUCCAGCCUGGUGACCGGGUUCUUGUGGUCGGUCAGAGACUUGGCACUAUAAGAUUUUAUGGCAAAACAAGCUUUGCACCAGGGUACUGGUGCGGCAUUGAGCUGGACAAACCUCAUGGUAAAAACGAGGGCUCAAUCUCUGGAGUUCAGUAUUUUACCUGCCCCCCUAAACAUGGGGUCUUUGCACCUCCGUCUAGAGUUCAAAGGGUCUGUGGGUCUUUGGAUUCUUUGUCGGAGAUUCCAGCGAGUAAACUGAACCAUUCCUUCCCAGGGUUCAAAAGAAGCCUCAGCUCCACAUCUACAACAGCUGCACAGAAAGACGUGGACAGGAGACACUCGUAUGGCCGGGCCAGGAAGCCAGCCCUCCGCCGCAGUUGGAGCAGCACCAGUUCCACCAGCACCAGUGACGGAGGUGUGAAGCUGCACAAGGGGUCCCAGGUCUUGCUGACCAGCUCCAAUGAAGUAGCCAUCAUACGGUACAUAGGCCCUACAGACUUUGCCCCUGGCGUGUGGUUAGGACUAGAACUGCGCUCUGCCAAGGGAAAGAAUGAUGGUUCUGUCGGCGACAAGCGUUAUUUUCACUGUAAGCCAAACCACGGCAUCCUGGUCAGACCCGGCAGAGUCACCUACAGAGGGAUCAAUGGAUCCAAACUCGUGGAUGAGAUCUGCUGACCCCAAUCCUUGCACAUUUACAGGACUGGACCUUAUUUGACCUGGGAAUUUGGGGCUUUAUCUGAAUGUUUUUGAAUCUUGUCUGUUUUCUAGCUUUUUCCAUUUGUUAUGAGAAUUUAACUAAUCAAGAAUGUAUCCCCUCCAGCUUAAGCCUGGGGUAACGUGACCCACAUUGGGGUGUCCCGGUGUCUGAUCUACCAUUACCUAGCCUGUGAUCUACUGGUAAAGCUUGCAAGGCCAGAUUCUGGACAGAUUCUGAUCCAGCUGUAGGCACCCAAAGAAAUGGUCUGUUGUUUAUUGUUCAAGCCAAGCCGGGAGGUUGUCAUCCAGAAAAUUCUAAUAUUUCAGCUCCUUUUUUUAAAGGAGGAUGCCCUGGGAGUAUAAUUGUGUGUCACUUAAAGGGAUUCUCCACUACUGGUUAUCUUGGUGUUAGUGGCUGCCUGAGCGCUCGUAUCUCAGUUAAAUAUUUGCAGAAUGCAGAUGGUGAAAACUUUAGUUUUGCAGGCGAGUUGGGAGAUCAUCAGUCGAAGCCGCGGCUCUCUUGAAGCAAUAUGCUUUAUCUCUGGAAUCCCAUCACUAGGCCAAGCUACCACUGGUGGUCUUGAAUUUUAAUCGCAUUAAUAAAGUAUUGAUUUGACAUUUUUAGUCCAAAUAAAAGAAUUCAAGGCCGCAGUCAUAGAUUCCGAAAAAAAGAAAAAAUCCUAAAUGCAGGAAUACUCUGUCUAGUAAAAUGACGAACUCUGUGAGGCAAGUCUGGCGUCCCGCUAUAGUUAGUGGGGUCCUCCGGUGCCACUAGUUCACUUAUGUAUUAUUAUGCUCCACUCCUAUAUCAAAGCAGAACAGUAAAAAUCAAUAAGACAGAUGUAAGAGCAGCCUAACUGUGUGGCAGGUGCUGUCAUUGGUCAGAUGCUGACUCCGCGCCAGGUGCUGUCAUUGAUCAGGCCCCCACUCUGUGGCAGGUGCUGUCAUUGGUCAGAUGCUGAUUCUGUGGCAGGUGCUGUCAUUGGUAAGGCCUCCACUCUGUGACGGGUGCUGUCAUUGGUCAGGCCCCAACUCUGUGGCAGGUGCUGUCAUUGGUCAGGUGCUGAUUCUGUGGCAGAUUCUGUCAUUGAUCAGGCCCCCACUCUGUGGCAGGUGCUGUCAUUGGUCAGGUGCUGAUUCUGUGGCAGAUUCUGUUAUUGGUCAGGCCCCCACUCUGUGGCAGGUGCUGUCAUUGGUCAGGUUCCGACUCUGUGGCAGGUGCUGUCAUUGGUCAGGUGCUGAUUCUGUGGCAGAUUCUGUCAUUGAUCAGGCCCCCACUCUGUGGCAGGUGCUGUCAUUGGUCAGUGCUGAUUCUGUGGCAGAUUCUGUUAUUGGUCAGGCCCCCACUCUGUGGCAGGUGCUGUCAUUGGUCAGGUUCCGACUCUGUGGCAGGUGCUGUCAUUGAUCAGGCCCCCACUCUGUGGCAGGUGCUGUCAUUGAUCAGGUGCUGAUUCUGUGGCAGAUUCUGUUAUUGGUCAGGCCCCCACUCUGUGGCAGGUGCUGUCAUUGGUCAGGCCCCCACUCGUGGCAGGUGCUGUCAUUGGUCAGGUUCCGACUCUGUGGCAGUGCUGUCAUUGAUCAGCCUCCACUCUGUGACAGGUGCUUUCAUUGGUCAGGCCUCCACUCUGUGACACGUGCUGUCAUUGGUCAGGCCUCCACUCUGUGACCGUGCUGUCAUUAGUCAGGCUCUACUUUAGUAUGGAAACCUAUGACCAGUGCCUAUGGGGUCUAGUUGCGUUACCACAUUUUAUCAGCCUAACGCGACCUAUUCACCUACCUUUCGAGCUGCAUUGCAGAAUCUUUUGGUAACGGUAUAUACCUUUGUAGGGAAUUCUGGGUUAUUAGAAGGAGGUCCUAUGUUCAGGGGUGUCAUUACUGGGCUAGAGUGUAGAGCGGGUCCACAAAAGAGCACCUCUCACUCUGACAACGCAUUGAUGUGACUGGACACGAUGUAAUGCUUCAUUUCUCCUGUGGUGGCGCUGCAGGGAAAUUGAACACUUGUUCCCAGGUUGUCCACAGAAUGCAACUGAUCACUGGAGCCCCUGCAGGAGGACGCUUUGUGAUCAGCUAAAUGUCAAAUCCAAGUAGGGAUUUUCCAAUAUAGAAAUUGUCUUUGGAGCAGCAGCUAUGAGUAGUAACCUGGUAUCUGGGGAAUUAAGCUGCAUGGCUGUGCUCGAUAUAUUUCUCAAUGUCUGUCAGAGCUCCUAAUCCCCACCGAAGCAUAGAGUUAAAUGGGGAAAUUCUGUCUCCCUGCAGCCACCACUAUAGGGCAGAUGAAAUAGUGGUAAAAGAUCACUUUACGCAUGCUGCAAUGCUUUACCUUUAGAACAUAUCCUAUUCUUGGAAACUGAUUGCGACUUUUCAUGGAACUUUUCCUAUGACUACUUCCUAAGUAAA